AUGCAUCUCGACAUUGACAUAGGCGACGUCGCGACCGCCCAAGACAUUCCCAUUGCCUAUCAUGUCUAUAAUGACAAGGACGGUGGCACGGUUGACGUUGUUGGGCAAGGCGUUCUCACUGAAAAUGGCCACAUGACCUACUCGCGCGACGGUCGAUGGUUACUGUCGGACACAUAUCCAGAUGCCCAGACCAACAUUCGCCACCUUUUUCUAUGGGACACCAAGCGCGAGAUCCGUAUCGACAUCGGCGCCUUCCGUACGGAUCCUGAUCUGGGCAAAGAAAAUCGCUGCGACCUACACCCACGCUGGUCGCGCGACGGAAAUGGGGUAUGCAUCGACUCGAUCCAUCAAGGGCCACGUGGAUUGUACCUGGUGGAUGUUUCUAGCAUUGUCAACGCAGGAUAA